GCUACUCGGUACCAACUUUUAGUAACCAAUCUCAAUUUGUCAUAGUAUCAUGCUUGUGUUGUUUCUGAUUGUUGUGAAUUGCUUUUUUAAUUGGGUAUAACUCCAUUUUUCAUUAGUGUGCAUCCCUAUAAGUAAUCUGGAAAAGAUAGUUUAUUUUGUUCGAAAUGCCUGCAUUGAUUUUUCUGGGUAGAACAUGGGCUUUUGCAUCUGAUGAUUUUGUUUGUACUGGUGUGGGUAACUUUUUACUUAGGAUUUCUUGUGUUCUUUUUAUGGUUAUACCUCUUAUUCUUUCAAACGAAUCAGAAUUCUGUCUCCCGAAUGCAACGGACAAGGUUUUCUGUGUGCUUAUGUUCCUUACACUGGGAAUGUUAUUGGUUUUUGAUGCAGCAUUAUCAUUAUCAAGCAGCAAAGGUGGUGUAAUGGAGACUAGUCUGCGUUCGUCCGUCCCUCUUUACUUGGGAGCAGUUUGUAUAAUCUCUCUUAUAUCGUUAGUGCUAAAUUGUGUUAACCUGUAUUUAGUAUCUAAUACGUACACGCUAUGUGACAAAUCGUUUGUUGACUGCUAUGUUGCAGGGAAUUCCAUUGCGGUAGCUCAUGUAAUUGGUUUCUACUUUUUUCUAAUGUUACACUAUCGUAAGGCUGGAGCCUUUUGGGGACAGUUGGUUAACGACCCUACUGUAUUCAAGCAAGGUUGUCUGAAUCCAAAUAUUAAUCUUUCCAUGAAGCAGCUAGUGAUGCUUAAGCGAAGAAAGUCUGUCCAGCGGAACUUGAAAAGUUUACGGGCUUUUGGUUGCUUACCUUCUUGGAAAACUGAUCCAUCAACAACACAAACUGAAGAAAGGAUAAUUACUUCUGCAGCAGCUUUGUUUACAGAUAUAUUUUACGAUGUAGAUUUAGUCGCAAGUGAUAUAGUUGCAGGACUCUUUCUUCUACGAUGGCAAACCAAACAGUGGGUUGGUACCGGUCAUCGCAUCCCUUUAAGCUUAGUACUUCAAGAUACUUCUCCUUCCGAUUUAAACAUCGAUAUUUCGAUGAAAGAUGACCAGGCUCCAGAUCCAUGGUUGGAUAUUCAAAGAAUUUAUCGAAUUGCCGAAUUAGUAACUGCAGUCUACGGAAAGUUAUUAUACUAUAGCAUGAAUUUUGGUAUACCAGGUUCCACGUGUAGAUUGUUUCGCCACUUACCAUGUUGUUUAAAUUCUUGUAAUCCUGGAUCAUCUAAACAGACACAACUUAGUUGUUGUAUAUGCUCAAAGCAUACGUGUGAUUUGGCAGCAAUACUCGAAUUCACUUCUUUAAGAGAAGAUCAGUUCAUCAAACUGUCUUAUGAUAAUUCAGUUUACCAAUCUCCUUACUUUGUUGCAAUUGAUGAUUUUAGUAAAUGUAUUGUUAUCUCUAUUCGUGGCACGUUAUCAUUUGAUGAUACCAUAGUCGACUUACUGUACGAUGGUGUACGACUAACUGAAGUUGAAGAUUUUGUCGAGUCAAACAGCGGUAGACGACCAUGCUUUAUUGGACAUCGUGGUAUGGUUGAACGAUCCAGACAUUUAUAUCGUUGUUUACUAACUGACCGUUCAAUUGAAAUAGCAUUUAGUAAAAAGCCACAAUAUAAUUUGGUGGUAUGUGGUCAUAGUUUGGGUGCUGGCAUUGCAUCUUUUCUUUCGGCUAUCCUACACUGUAAAUAUCCAAAUGUGAAAGGUUACGCUUUCAGUGCACCUUUGGGUAUGAUGAAUCAAGAACUAGCAGACUAUUGCAAACCUUUUCUCAUAUCUAUCAUCUAUGGAUUUGAUAUUUUCGGCCGUAUGAAUAAAUCAACAUUAUCAGAUUUCAAGUGGCGUCUAGUGGAUGCUUUAUCUGCUUGUAAAGUACCAAAACAUCGUCUUCUAAGUCGCGGAUUAUUUGUAUAUAUGCGCCAUCGUUUGUUUAAAUGGUGUUCACCGCAAUGUUUUCAAAUGGAAUCUUCAACAACUAUUGGUAGUGAUACUCUGCUGUUGGAUGCAAGUACUCAAGAACGAUUAAUUUAUUCCAUUCCACAACUUACAUGUGAUAAUGAUGAAAUGCGAACUCGUUUAUCAUUAGAUAACAAUGCUAACAAUACAGGUUCUACGAGCGCCUGUCGUACUUCACGAUCCAGUCGUUUUCGUUCUGGUCCACGUUCAAUUCUGUGUUGGAUCAAUCCUAAUAGUCUUCUUCCAACAAGUCCUAAAUCUACAAGGGCUGUUUCACAUAAGGAAUAUUCAAACAAUUAUAAUAACAGUAUUGAGACAAAUUUGUAUGCUUCUAAUGAAAUUCAGUCGUCUGAUGUUGAAUCAUAUGAUUUAUCUAACGGUGUAUUUGGUGGCUUAGUGCUUCAUUUGGUUGAUGUUAAUAUUGAUACAGUUGCUGAAGAUACUUCUCCUGGGUUCAUGAUGAAUGAAGGCAAUACUCAAGAAGAUAUUGAAUGUAAUUCACUGAGCUAUAAUUCUAGAAUGGAAAGGAUGUUAUCAGCAAAGUCUAGUAGAAUCAAUGCAUGUUGCGUCAAACCUAAUAAACUGAAGAGAACGGUAGCUGGUGUCUGGUCAAACCCACAACAAUUUCAGACUAUUUUAAUCCACCCAAAAAUGUUAAGUCAUCAUUUGCCCGAUCGAGUUUUGGAAGCAGUAAAUUGCUUACGUCAAGAGUUGCUGUCGGUAUCAGCAAACUCUUCUAAUAAUAAUUAUAUCUUAGAAGGUUUGAAAUCAUCUGACUUUAUACGAAAGUUGAAAAAUGCUUCUUAACUUUCUCAUGUUUUCCCGUCCAAAUUUCUGCAGCAAGUGGGUUUCUUUAUGUUUAUUAUUGAUUUGAUUCAAAUAUGUACCUUCCUGUAAUAUCAUUCUUUGACGUCAGUACACAUUCAUUCCAUUUCUUAGUUGAAUACUGCAAAUUUAUAAUUUCUAUCUUUGAUUAUCUGUUGUAAAAGCACAUAUUUUCCACUGGCUCGUUAUCUGUAAAUGACCCUUCUCUAUCGAUCGCAAUUGUAUUUUUUCAACAUAACUGAGAUCGAACUGAACGGAUAUCUUAACAAAACAAUGACUAAAAGCAGGUACAUUUUCUUUGUAGAGAUCACUGGGAAUGUGUGCAAAAGUUAUUUUCCAUUCAUUUGAAAUUAAAGAUUCCGUCUGGAAUGUCUAACCUUUAAUGUUUAUUUGGAAAGGACUAAGCAUAUCAGCCUUCAGAUGCUUUCACUAGUACUUUUUUCAAGCCCAAUCACUAUUUACAUCUUUGUGCCUGGUUUGUUAGAUAAAAAUCUUUUGCGCUCACUUUUAACAUCCGUAUAUGUGUUCAUCUAUGUAAAUCAUUACUAUUCAUAUGUUAGUAGGAAUUUGGAGGUUAUAGAUUUCCGAGGGACACUUUGCCAACGAUGUUUGUCUUUCCUUAAAACCUUCAUUUCGUCAAGCCUUAAUUACUAUAAAAUUGACAGACUACUCACGCUCAGUAAUGGUAGUAAUUUACGUGAACAUAUUAUGCACAGCUGUGAUUUUCACUAGUCUUUCGGUGAUCAUACACGAACAGCGCAUUGGUUUCAUUUGGUUCACAAUAAUGAUUACCAAUUAUUGUAUCUACUAGCGUUUUUUUUCAACUUAGUGAGUUUUUGUACUUUUUUAACAAAAAAACUAAUUCUAUGGUUAAGUUUUUCCAUCCUUCUUAUUUAUACAUCCGUUUGUUAUUCAGUUCAAUAUUUAAAUUGAUUGAUUUUGUACCAUUUUUAUAAAUAAAAAUAACCCUGUUAAUAUGAUUGACUAUGUAUUAUUUCAAAAGAACGGCUCAUCAUUUUUAAAUGUUUUCCAAUAAUUAUAGUCUUACUAUUUUUACAUAAGCUUGUGCAUAUCAACAAAUUAAAUGAAGUCGUGUUUAAGAUGUCAAUCCCUUUUAUUAAAUAUACAGUUUGAAAGCUGG